AUCAUCCACCACCUAAGUAAUACCUGCUCUGUGGUGGUCCUGUGGUGGUCCUGUGGUGGACCAUUGAAGAACAGGGUGAAAGCAGGCUAUAUGUCUCAAGUGUGGAACCUCUGGAUUACAGACUUGAGUGGAUUGUAUUGGAGACUGCCAGCGUGAAGUCAAGGCUCAGCAUUCACUUUUCCAACUGCAGUUGUCCUGGUGGGUCACUCACCGGACCGAUGUGGAAUGCAACCUCUGGUGACCCCCUCCCUUAAGCCACUUUUCAGUGAACAGGACUGGGAAGAGCAGGGAUAAAAGACUGGAGCUGACACAAAAAAAGACAGAGUAGCAGCGGCAGCAGCAGGAGCAGUUCAGUUGGAUCGGAAAGUUAAAGAGGCCCUUGUUUAGGACAGAAGCCUAAAAGCCUCAACAAAAGGAACCCAAAGAAAAGACUUUUCAUGGACGCUGGACUUUUGGACCUAUAGACUGUUUCACUGCUCGUUGAAUUAAUCCCACCAACACAUUCACGGAUUUACUCAUCAUGCCUGUGGAGACUCUUCGUCCCUCAGAUGGUCGCCUGGCUGGUGCACCUUUUACCUCAGCCAUGCCCCUCCGUAUCUUAAACAAGGGCCCGGACUAUUUCCGCAGGGUUCCUGAGCCCGGUGUGCGAAGGCUAAGCGCAGUGGAGCGUCUGGAAGCCGACAAGGCCAAAUAUGUAAAGAGCCAGCGGGUGGCACACACCAGGCAGGAACCUAUCAAACCGCCAAUCAUUCGCAAACCACUGAUGUCUCCAGGCAUGCUGUUGCAUACACCGCCAGCGAGAAAGGUUCCCCGCUGGCCGUCAGACUCAGAAAACGGAGGACAGGGGCCAUGCAGGGCGACUCUGCUCAACCUGGAAAUCCUAAACAACCUUAUCAACAUUUCAGAUGGACCUCAGCCUUCACCCUCAUCUCCUUCCUCUCUAUCUCCCUCUGCUUCAUCUGACAAGUCUGCAGGACCUCAACAGGGUGUUGGUUUCAGGUCACACUUCCUGUCAAAACCUUCUUCAUCCUGCACUUCCUCUCCUUUCAACAGCCACACGCAAGCUUCUCCUCUACCUUCUGCAGCCCCAGAGCCCAGCCACAGGCCUCCACCUGUUCCAGCCAGAGUUUCUAGACCUGCUGCACAGAACAAUAACAGCAACCCAAAUCCUGUAACUGUGCGACGGGUAGAUGUGCUGCCACAGACGGAGAUUAGGAAGCCUCAGAGGAUGCCACUAAAGGUCCAUCCCAAAGCUCUACAGCCUCAAUCUAAAUCCAGACAGACAGCACAGCCCCAGGUAUCACCACCACUUCCUUCAUCCUUUAAAUCUUCAUCCACCCCUACACACUCUUCAUCACCCUCUUACCCACCCUCUAGCCCUCUGGUUGUGAUGCUUCCCCCAUCCUCGCCCGCCUGUACUCGCUUGUCCUCUGCCAGUUCACGGGGCUCAACACGCAGACGGCCCUCCCUUCACCGAUCCAAAUCGGACCUAAGCGACCGGUAUGCACGAGCAAAUGCAGAUUUGGAACGCUUUUUUAAUUACUGUGGCCUUGAGCCGAAAGAAAUAGAAGGCAUGGAGCAUUUCGGACGUGCCAAUUCAGACAUAGUGUCCAUUUCAAAGCUCCGCAGUGUCAGCACGCCAAGCUCCGAGUGUGGCGACGAAAGACACACUCAGUAUCGGGAGGAGGUCGAUGAUGAUGACGAUGACGCCAGGCCCAGUGAACGUGUUCCUUAUGGCAUAUCGAUCAUCGAGAGGAAUGCACGCGUUAUCAAAUGGCUUUAUGGGAUCCGACAGGCUCGGGACACUCAAACUGCCUCUAACGUGUAAAAGACCUUAAUGCAGAACCAAAACACCCAUGAGAAGGAAGUUAAAGGUGACAGAUCUAGAUCAAUUCUGCCCCGUUAUAAUGAAUGAUAUCUUGUUUUUUACAUGCCGUGUAUUUAUUUUGUUUUUGAGACUCUGGGAGACCCUGAUGAAUUUUGUGUUGUAUAUUUGUGUUCCAUGUAGAGUAUUCUUAUUUGGCUCACAGUAAGCUCAGUGAUAUUGUUCUUAUACAUUUCAUCCAUGUUACAUUAUUAUAGACUUGUUGAAGCAGUCUGUUGUAGUUUGUUUUCUUUCUUUUGGCUACAUGAUGACAAUUUACCUCAAAGAGAGAGAAAACUGGAGCAGGCUUUAGACUUUCUGCACAUUUAUAUUGAAGUAAAAGUCAAUAAAAGCAAUAAUCAAAAUAAAUGAAGAGCCAUAAGAAAGCGACUGAAGAGUUGUUGAUAAUCACAGCAAUAGACAUUGUGUAAUGUUGAUAAUCAGGUACUUAUUCGUGGAACUUGUGGCCUCUGUGAUAGCACUAGAUCAAUAGUCAAGGGCUUGGCAAUGUAACCAAUCAGGUACUGAUCAGGUUUACAGCAGUUUCAGGGACUGCAGUUUAGAGGCCACAGUCUGUCUGUUACUGAUAGGAAGGACUCAGAAAAUGUAGCUUGGACUCUGAAUCAAGACACAAAAUAGUCUAACCAGCAAAACACGUGUUCACACGUACACCCCCCCACACAUUCUUCAUACAGUGAAGCACAGCAGUUUGCAUACUAUUAGAUUAAAAUGAAAACGAGAAGGAAGCUAAAUUUACAACAAGACAAUUAUUACAUUAGAUCAUUACAAAUGUUUUAUCUAGUGAUGCAGUUGAGCUGAAUUACAGAUUGUUUAAUGUUAAACCAGAUACUGAGACCUUUUUAAAAUGUGUAUGUAUGUGAAGUGUGAGUCUUCUGAUUCAGAUCUUGUUAAUGGUUUGUUUUUCAUGAAGAAGGUAUUUCAUUUUCA